GCUGUGUCGCCCCCUGAUUUGAUUUAGUCAGUUUUUUACGCAAAAUGGCCUUAAAGAAGGUUAAAGGGAACAUUGAACGCAUGUUCGACAAGAAUUUGACCGAUUUGGUCCGCGGGAUCCGCAAUAAUAAGGAGAAUGAGGCGAAGUACAUCUCGCAAUGCAUGGAGGAUAUCAAGCAGGAGCUGCGACAGGAUAAUCUCUCAGUUAAGAGUAACGCAAUCGCGAAAUUGACUUAUUUGCAAAUGCUGGGGUACGAUAUUUCGUGGGCCGGCUUUAACAUAAUCGAAGUGAUGAGUUCGAGUAAAUUUACGCUGAAACGGAUCGGUUAUCUCGCGGCUAGUCAAUCGUUUCAUUGUGAUUCAGAGUUGCUCAUGUUGACCACUAAUAUGAUUAGGAAGGAGUUAAACUCGCAAAAUCAGUACGAAUCGGGGCUGGCCUUGACGUCCCUCAGCUGUUACAUCAGCACUGACUUGGCCAGAGACCUUUCAAACGAUAUUUUAACUCUUUUAAGUUCCACUAAACCCUACAUUCGGAAAAAAGCCGUUCUAAUGAUGUAUAAAGUGUUCCUCAAAUAUCCCGAAGCCCUACGUCCUGCCUUUCCUAAACUAAAAGAAAAGUUAGAGGACCCCGAUCCGGGGGUUCAGUCGGCUGCAGUCAAUGUUGUGUGUGAACUGGCACGAAAAAACCCCAAAAAUUAUCUAAGUCUGGCCCCAGUUUUUUUCAAAUUAAUGACCACAAGCACCAAUAAUUGGAUGCUAAUUAAAAUAAUCAAACUGUUCGGUGCUUUAACGCCUCUUGAACCUAGGCUAGGUCAAAAGUUGAUUGAGCCUUUGACUAAUCUCAUACACAGCACUUCGGCAAUGAGUCUCUUAUAUGAGUGUAUAAAUACGGUUAUAGCAGUUUUGAUAACAAUAUCGUCAGGAAUGCCCAAUCACGCCGCUAGCAUACAACUCUGUGUCCAAAAACUGCGGAUUUUGAUUGAAGAUUCCGACCAGAAUUUGAAAUAUUUGGGCCUUUUGGCGAUGUCAAAAAUCCUCAAAACGCACCCAAAAAGCGUCCAAGCCCACAAAGACCUAAUAUUGCAAUGUCUAGAGGACAAAGACGAGUCCAUCCGACUCCGCGCCUUAGACUUGCUAUACGGCAUGGUCUCGAAAAAAAAUCUAAUGGAAAUCGUCAAAAAACUAAUGGUCCAUAUGGACAAAGCCGAAGGCACCAUCUACCGAGACGAACUUUUAAACAAAAUAAUUCUAAUUUGCUCGCAAAACAACUACCAAUUCGUCACGAAUUUCGAAUGGUAUGUUACUGUUUUGGUCGAGUUGGCGCAGAUGGAGUUCGGGUCGAAGCAAGGGCACGUGAUUGGGGCGCAAUUAAUGGACGUUUGUAUCCGAGUUCAAGCGAUUCGUCCGUUCGCCGUCUCCGAAAUGGCGCAACUUUUGGACGUUUACUCGUCAACUUCGCAAUUUACGAUAAUGCAAGAGGUGUUGUAUGCGGCGGCUUGGCUGUGUGGGGAGUUUGCCUCCGAGUUGAAAGAGCCAGAGAAGACGCUUCGAGCAAUGUUGAAGUAUAAAAGUUUGCCUCAGCACAUUGAGGCUGUUUUUAUACACAAUAUAAUCAAGUUGUUUGCUCAUGUAAUGCGAGGGUAUGAGGAGGAGGGGCAAUAUGGGGAGAUUUUGGGGCUGUGUGAUGAGAUUUGUGUAAAGUUGGGGGAGAGUUUGAAGUCAGGGGAGUUGGAGGUGCAGGAGAGGUCAAGUACGUCGCUUAUUAUCGUGCAGAUUGUGAAGGAGGAGAUUGAGAAGGUUAUGGGGGGGACGGGAGAAGGGGAGAAUUCAGUGUCGGGGGAUUUACUCGCUCUGUUUACGGGGGAGUUGAAUCCGGUGGCCCCCAAAGCCCAGAAGAAGGUCCCAAUACCAGAAGGGUUAGAUUUGGACGCUUGGAUCAACGAACCGCCCGAAGAUUCGGACUCGUCAAGCGAUCACGAGGUCUUCGACAACCUUUUCAUCAAAACGGAAAAAUCAGACUAUGGCAAUUCGGUUCGGUACCAACCGGAACCGACCGAAGAAGAAAUCCGCAAAAGUCGCGAAGCCCGAAAAUACGAACAACAAAACAAUCCGCACUAUCUCAAAACAUCAGACGUUGAUAAAAAUGCAAACGAUAGCAACAUUGAUAACAUCCCAGUUGCUGAAAUUGAUUUGAACAUUCCGUUGAAAGUCGUGGGCCAAAAACGUUCCGACAAAUAUUUGAACAUGAACGCGAGCCGGAAGAAGACGAAAAAGAAGAACAAAAAGAAGAAACACAAGAACGAAAGUUCCUCAGACGAGGAAAAUGCGAAUGAAGGUCCAGUAGUUGAAGUUAAAAGGGACUUGGAGUUGCCCGAAGGGGCGACUUUGUCGGACUCCGACAGCAGUCACGGGCACGUUGAUGACCCCCAUAGGGCCCUCAAUAUCGAUCUAGAACUGCCCCCAGUUUACGAAACUCCAGUCAAGGCGGUCGAGGCGAAAGAGGAGGAAAAGAAAGUGAAAAAAUCGAAAAAGAACAAGGGCGAGAAGGAGGAGAAGGAGAAGAAGAAGAAGCACCAUGACAAGGGCGCGAAGAAAGCGAAGAAGGAGAAGAAGGAGAAAGAGGGCAAGUCGAAGAAGAAGAAGCCGACGUCUGGCUACGAGGAAGCGCUAGGUAUUUCAACACCCAGCAAGGAAUUCCAAUGAUUUUCUCUUUAUGUGCGCCUACAAAUCAUUUUAUAAUCAUUCAAAUUAAUCAUGUUAUUGUAUUAUUGUUUAUUAAAGAAGCGAUAAAGAUAUCAAA